AUGUUUUCCCUACUUAGCACCGCCACAAUGCUGGGCGCAUUUACCGCUCUGUUUGCAAUCGUUUUUCAAGCGUACCUUACCUCCAACGAGCUUGUACGGUUGACCGUCAUUUUGCAGCAUUUGCGAGAUUUGGAGGUGGAAUAUCCGGUCAACAGUCCACGAGUUGCCAUCGGGUACGGUUCCUGCAGUGAUUUGCACGUGCGGGCGAUAGAUUUCCUAGAGUACAGUGACAGCAUUGGCCACGCGCUUAAUGCGAGCGAAUAUACCUUCGACGACAUUACGAACGAGGAAGAGUUUCUGCUUAAUUUUGGCUAUUACUUCCAACGCGGCGCAGCUGCAGAGAGAUUUACUGCCAACAGGGAGCUGUUUAUGAGUUUGGUACAGCGAGCGAAGAAAUCGAACAAUAUCCAGCAUCACUGGGCGCUAGGCGGAAAUGCACCGGUCAUUGGAACACGUAUGGCGAUCGAAGGUGCAAACGUUCUGCUCGGUGCCAAAAUGUCCUCAAAAUUGAAGACGCACCUGCGACCAGAAGUUAACCUCACCGGAAGCCUUAUCGAGGACGAUGAUAUUCAUCUGAUACUUGAAUAUAACACCGGUGACACAUGGGGCGAUUUAGUUUCGCCCCGUGCAAACCGCUACAUCCUACACAACGAUCACCACAAUCCGUACCUGAGCUCGCUGGAAGAGUUCAAUGCCGCACUUAGCGGAUUCGAGCCGCAUUUGUUCGUCGUGAGCGGCUUACAGAUGAUGGACAAUUAUCUUUAUCCGGUGGGAGUGCGGGAACAGCUGCUGGAACGGGUACGCUCCCAGAUGCAGGCCCAAUCACGCACCCAAACGCUGAUCCAUUUCGAAAUGGCCAGCUUCGUAGAGUUGGAGUUGUUGCAGCUGUUGCUCCGAACAGUGCUACCGUACAGUGAUUCGAUCGGUAUGAACGAACAGGAGCUGGAUAAUCUGCAGCAAGUGUUGGAAACGGGCCGCAUAAGUCUGGUGGCCGACUGUAAUCCACGCGUGGCCCAUUCGCUCGACCAAGCACGCGCCGUCUUUCGGAAGCUGAACGAAGAUUUCUACCGAAAGCAAUCGAACGCUGGGGAUGGUGCAACACGACGGCCACUUUCUCGCAUACAUCUGCACACGCUCGCCUACCAGGCGUUCAUUGUGGCCAAGGACGGUCGCUGGCAGCACACAAAACAUGCUGCUGCUAAAGCCUCGCUUACGGCACACCGGCACGUGUGUGCGAGCACGAUCGUGAAUCCGGAUGCAGCGUAUCUGCAGAUGGAUGGAAGCUUUGCCGUUUCUGCUUUGCCGGGUGCAAGAAGGAUACACUUUAACAACCGUGAACCGGUGUCGUGCUGGGAGGAAUCGCUGGAACUGGAGGAUCAUGCACCAUCGAUCGUGGUGGAGAUAUGCGUAGCGCCGGUUUUAAUAUGCAAACAUGCAAAGCAAACGGUCGGCGCUGGGGAUAACAUUUCCGGUGCGGGAUUAGUGUUGCAGAUAUAA